GGAUAAUUUUAAAGAUUUAAAAGAGAAGAGGUUUAAUCGAUUUUUAGAUUUAUAGGACACUUAGCUUUAAGUAAAUAAAAAUUUAGAUAAUUAAUUUUCAAAUAACAAAUAAGUUAAAAUGACCGAAAAAGAUCAAGAGAAAGGUCCAGAAAUCGUGUCUGAACAAGAACGAGAAAUUGCUCAAAAUGCUUUUAAUGAAUACAAAAAGAAAAACUAUGCAAGCUGCUUGCAAUUUAUAAAUAAAUUGGAAAAUAGAAACGGUGACCUUAAGGUAGUUCAAAACAAAGCUAUAAUUGAGUAUUUCAAGAACGAUUUCAUGAAAACUGAGCAAUUGCAAAGAAAUUUAGCACAAAUUUGCAAUCAGUUCCAGAUAAAAUUAGAAAGACUAGAUGAUAUUGAUCAUUGCAUUAUUCAGUUUAACCAAGCAGUUUUAUUGUACCACCAGAAGCAGUACACUGCUGCACUAAGAAUUAUGGAUAGAGUAUAUAAAUUUAUUGAACCAAUGGAUGAAUCCUUGGCAAAACAAGUUAGCCUUUUAGCUAUAGAAAUACAGUUAUGCCUUAGACAGCCAGACAAAUCAUUAACUUUAAUAAAUUACUUGGAAAACAAUUUAAUUUAUGGUGGUAGUCUACCUUUGAAAGGUUUGGACAAGAAUGGGAAAGACAGAAAGAUACAACUACCCCCUCCAAAACCACUACCUGAGAAAUUUGAGAAAAAGCUCCUGAAGUAUAAGUUACGAAGUUAUAUAAUGAAUCAUUCCAUAAAGACUGCCAUGAAGGAAAUUCAAGUUCUUCUCAAAGAUAAAACUAACAUUGAUGCCUUAUUUCUAGCAGCUAAUAUUGAAUAUUUAAAAGGAAUCUAUGAAGAGGCUGUAAAAAUUUUAACUUCUAUACCAAAAGAUAGUUUAAUUUACCAUGAAUGCGGUGAAUCGUCUACUGUAAUGUUUUAUAAUAACAUGGGAACAGUACACCAUGCCAUGGGAAAACCAAAUUUGGCAUGUCACUACUUCCAAAUGGCUUUAAAAGAAGAAUUGAGAAUAUCGGAAAAUUACCAAAAUAAGGAUGAUAGUGAGAAGCCAUUAUUCACUUUAGGGGGAUCUAAAUAUCACGAAUUAAUGUAUAAUUUGGGUAUUGCUCUUUUACAUGCUAAACGACCAGCUCAGGCUUUUGAUUGUUUGAUUAUAGCAGUUAGGAGGUACCACAGAAACUCCAGAUUGUGGUUACGUAUAGCUGAAUGUUGCAUUAUGGUACAUAAAGAGAGUAAUGAAAUUGAUUUUGAAGGCCAAAAGAGUUUAAUUGUGGAUUUUGUUGGAUCUAGAGACAAGAAGAAAGUUGUACUUGUAACCAAUUUUUCAAUAGAUAAGAAAUAUAGUGCAGAAAGUCAAUCUUACGCUGUUCCUGUUCCUUCAUUAGAAUUCGCCUCGUUGUGCUUGAGAAAUGCUUACUUGUUGAUACCUUCUGGUACUGCUACACCUCCAGUUCCACUUUUCUUAAUUCCAGGUGUUACUCCGCCUGCUCCUCCCCCUAGUCCUGGACCUUCUCCUUCCAACCCCUUAACACGAGAUGGAGCGGCUGUUCUCAAAAAUGGAAUUCUGAUUGCCAGUGCCUACGUUUCUCUGUGUCUUGGAGAUUAUAUUUUAUCAUUAGAAUACUCGAAACAACUUUUAGAACAGCCUAAAAUAUCAGGGGUUCAUAAAUUACUAGGACAUCUAUACACAGCCGAAUCAUUAAUAUAUCUAGAUAAGAUAUCUGAAGCAAUAGAAUACUUAAAUCCUGAAAAUAUCAAAGAUUUAUCAUUUGAUUUGCCACAGGAUCAAUCUGAGGGUAGUUUUGUGAACAAUAAUCCACCACCUAAAUGGUUCCCGAAUAGUAUUCAAAGCGCGUAUUCUGUGAUGCAGUACAACAUAGCAGUUGCGAAAACUAUGAGAGGCCAAUUAGACCAAGCAUCCCAAUUAUUAGGAAAAAUAUGGUCACAGAAAAGAACUUGCAAAGUUCCAACUCAUAUAAUUAUGCUGAUUAUUUAUAUAGAAUUACAGUUAGGACACGCAGAUGUUGCAAGAAAUUUGAUCAGACAAUAUCAACAUAGUUUAACAGGAUGAUCCAAAAUAAUUCUAAGCUCAAAAUGUUUAAUAAUUAAAUAGAAAGUAAUGAGUA